CCUUAUUAUCACUGGACCGACAACUUCAUUGUACGAGUCUUUCUAUAGUAUUCAUUGCUCGUGACUCAUUCUCCAGCUUCCAUUCCAAUUUCCAAUCUAGCGCAGAUUCAUCCAAGCGCUAAACUCACGUAGCGAUUUCUAACUGAUCUCAUUACCGCAAUGUCCGAUCCAAGAUUACGCCAGCUUACGAUUAAAACAGGUGUAGUGAAGCGCCUGUCCAAGGAGAAGACCGUGUAUGAGAAGGAGGUUGUUACCGAGCAAAAUCGUAUCGAGAAACUGAAGGCGCAGGGAUCCGAUGAUCAUGCUAUCCGCAAGCAGGAGGAAGUGCUGCAGGAGUCGAUGAUGAUGGUUCCGGAUUGCCAGCGGAGAUUAGCGAAAGCAUUCGCGGAGCUAAGUGACAUGAUCAAAAAUGAAGAAGAGCUUAAGGAGAGUCCACAAUAUGUCGCCGCUGUUGCCGUUCUUGAAGAUGCUAAGGUGAAUCUUCCCAACUCAGCCCAGUGAAGAUUAAGUCAAAAAUUGUGAAAUAAGUUAGGUUAGCAGCUAGUAAUUAUUUUUCUCAUUCGACAAUUGAUAUUAAAAUAACGUCAGGUUCCUUGAGCGGUUCAUUGGUAAUAAACUGACGAGCCAUG